GGAGGGGAGAUCCCCGUAUAAUUUCCACAUAAUAAUUUCUCCUUUAAAACGCCAUUCAUCUUCCGUUUUUUUCGCUGCAGCGGAGAUCUCGCAAAACUGCCGUUCUUCCGCCGCGAUCUCCGUUGUAUGAUCCUAUUUCUCUUGGUGUUUCUGUGUCUCCACCAAAUCUUCAGCUCAGAGGUUGUAGGAGAAGCAUUUUGCACGAGCGAGCGAUUCACCUUCGCUUUUCGGAAUGGAUGAUGAAUUCGAGUUCGCUGAUAAAGUCCCUCCGUCCUUUGAACGCAUGGGUGAUGCGAUCAAGAAUGCUGAAGCCAAAGGAUUUAACCCUGGAUUGGUAGUGCUGAUUUUUGUUGUGGGGCUACUGUUGAUCUUCUUUGUCGGAAACUACAUGCUGUAUACAUAUGCACAAAAGAUCCUUCCGCCAAGGAAGAAGAAGCCUGUAUCGAAGAAAAAGAUGAAGAGAGAAAGGCUUAAGCAAGGUGUGUCAGCUCCUGGAGAGUAAGUGCUGUUGUGGGCAGGACGCCUGUGCUCGGUUCUCUUAUUGUGGAACUACUCAUCUCUGAGAUUUCUCAGUCUCCAAGUCAGUCUUAACAAUAUUAUUUAGACCAUCAGCUCCAUUCUGUUGAUUUAGGUACUAGAAAUUUGCCUUCUCUCUCUUGCGCUCUCUUGCGCGCUCAAGCACAAACACACUGGUAUGCAACACUAGGCAUUAUUACGAGUAACAUAGGAAGGACGACCAUACACAAUUUCUCAGUAUAUCUAUCUAUUUUGUGGUAAUAUUUUCCUAA